AUUUAUGUCGUCGAAUUGGUGUUAUAGGUUUUCGAAUAGGUAAAAUUAUUUAUGUUGAAUAUUGUUUUGUGCAUGUGACAUUUAGCGAAUUUCUUUCGGCUUUAUUAAUGUACCUCGGUUAUGUUUCAUUCCCAUAUCAGAGAUAUGGAAUAAUCAUUUGUAUUGGGACUUUUAUAAGCAUAUACCUUUACCUAAAAUCUUUUUUAGAUCUAUACUCGAUAGUUCUCGCUUAAAUUCAUGCUUCGCGCUGGUAAAGAAAUCAAAACUUAAUACAAAUUAUGAACAAUUUUUGUCUCAUUCGAAAGUGAUAUUUUAUUCGUGGAAAGAGAAAUAAUUUGCACAUUGGACAUGAGUUUUAAUCUGUCAUUGCCGCAAUACGAGACUUUACGUGUACUUUACGUAUCAUAUUUCAGUCUACGAAUAAACAGAAUUGAAAAUAUGUAAUUAUGUAGAAGGCUUUAAACAGGAAUAUUAGGUCUUUCUAGGAAACAAUAUCGUCCGAUUUUUAUUUACGAUAAUUACAAGAAUUUUUGAGUGACGAAAAUCUAAUUAUUGUAAUGGAUAAAACGUUACGUAAGACAAUAUUUGUAGUUAUAUGCAUCAAAUACUAUAAUAUAAUAUAAUAGAAGGGUUAAAAUUAUGAAAUAAUCUAAUAAUCGUAACCUUUUCUUGUUAUUUUUUGCCCGGGCAACUCCAGGCUUACCUGUUACUUUUUAUAUAUUUAUGAAAAGUAACAUAUUUAUAAUCAUUUAUUGUCACAUCGUCACAAUGCCGGGUUGAAAAUUUUAAUUAUAUUUUUAAUUUACUUAAUUUAAAAUAUAUGCUUUCCAUCUGAAAUUAUUAGUGUCUCCCCCCUGUUCCUCAUACUUUUUCUGUUAGCAAUAGAGUCACGCCGAUCAUCUAUCUAACUUUAUUCAGGGAGAAUUUUUUUAUGUAAAUAACGUGACUUGUAUUUCAAACAGGAAGAUUGUUUAUAGUUAACAUUGGAGCCGGCUGUUGCAACUUUUUUCAAAUUGCAGCCCAAUAAUUAUUUUAAAGAUAAAUACAUUUUAAAGUUUCGUUUUUGGUGUGACAUUCGCGCAGUUUUGACAAAAACUAACGGAAGAAUCCCUUUCAUUUCUAACUUGUAAGACAUAAUAAAACUUAUCGUAAUGUAGAACUAUCGAUGUAUUACAGAAUGACGAAACAAUCCUUGAUUUUUUUCUGCACGUGUUAUUUAAAUACUAUUUGAUAAACUUGAACAUAGAUUAAAUUCGAAAUUAACACAAUUGUGAAAUCCUGGAGUUAUUUAAUAAGGUUAAUUAUGAAGUUAAAAAACUUCUCUCUUCUCCACCUGGUAUUUCUGUUUCCCUCUGGUCAGAUAAACAAGAGACGAUCAAAUAUCGUAGCAAUGUCAACAAUCUCUUCCUUUGUUUUGAGGAAGUUUCGUAGAUAAAUCCCAACACGUCAUUGUUGACACGUGAAAACUUCGACACUGUUUAAAUUUUAUGGUAAUAAGAUUUUUGCUUUUUUAAAGACACACUACGGUGACACUAUUCAACACUUGGCAGAUUAUUCAUCACUUUAUUCAGUUGGAUAAAGUGGUAAAUAAUCUGCCAAGUGUUUAAUAAUGUCACCGUAGUGUGUCUGUAAAAAAGCAAGGUAAACUACAACACGGUUUCAUCAGAAUCAAAUGGUAAUAAGAGUCACCUCACCUGGUGGAGAAAUAAACAAUCUGCCCGGUUCGUCACAACAGAACACAACGGAACACUUAGGACCACAACAACGGAAGUCAUGAUUAAAUUUCCACACUCAGUGAGAAUAAACAGAGCGCUCAACCGAUCUUCGAAGACGGACUCACUUGUCAGUCAUAGAAACAGGUGACAGAAGACUCCCGCCAUUCUCCGGGCCGACUCGUCUCUCCGAACGUCUCUCCUCCGAAGUCCUCUCUGUAUGCUUACAGACGGGGACGUUGCUCCAAUAGAGAAACUAUUUACGUAUUGAAUUAAGAAAAUGGCAGAAGCAGAAGUUUCAAGUGAGGAGGAGAGUGUGGACGUUCGUCCAGUUAAAUACAAAGAAGUUGCAAAGGCAAUGGAUGAAAUGAGGCAAAAUAUAGACAUGUUUAAGGAACUUUUAAACGUCGAGAAUUGUAAUCAAUCUCCAACGAUGCUGAAGGACUGUGAAAAAGUUCACUUUGGAACAAAAAUUGAAAUUCAUUACGAAAAACCAAAAGCGAGUUUCAUAGAGAAAAUAGACAAAGAAAAAGACGAAAUGUUCGACAUGUGCAGCGAUAAGAUGAAGCAAAAAUAUGAAACUCAUUUUUCCUACAUGAGAUCUUUCUUGUGGGAAAGUAAGAAAGACGAUUUUUCAUUAAAGGAUUUCUUUGUAGAAUUAACUGUAAGGAAAACAAAUUUAUUUGGAAACAGAAUCGGAGAAAAAAUAAGUCUAAAUGAGAUAUUUGCCAUAGCACAAGAUAGACACCAAACUAUUUUAGUGACAGGAGAUCCUGGUUAUGGUAAAUCUACUUUAUGCAAGAAAAUUGCCUACGAUUGGGCAUCCGAGAAUUAUCUGCAACACUUCGAUUUAACGUUACUUCUAGUUUUAAGAGAAUUGAACGAUAAAACUGUGAAAGAUGCAUUACUCGAUAAUGUUCAUGAGUUAACUGAUAAAAAUUGGAAACUGCAAGAUAAAAAACUGAACGUUUUGGUGAUUUUGGAUGGGUUCGAUGAAAUGGUAGAUAAAUCUAAAAUUAUAAAAUUUAUAAGGGACGAAUCUUUCGACAUUUCUCGAAAUAUGACUAUUUUGGUAACGAGUCGACCUCAAGCAGCGGAAGACAUCAGAGAGGAUAUGAAGAUGAGAAUAGUGAUCAAAGGGUUCUCUCCAGAAUAUCAAGAAAAAUAUAUUCAAUUAAUUUUUGAAGAUGAUGAAAGUAAAGCAAACGAACUUAUUUCUGCACUGACAAAAAAUGACUUUUUCAGAAAAAUAUCGGAAUGUCCUCUGAUGCUGCACAUGUCGUGUUGCCUUCAUCGAGAUGGAAAAAUGGAAAAGCUUGAAACGAUGGCUGAUUUAUACAUCAGAAUAUUUACUCUUAUAACAGAACGUUACGUGAGAAAAACUAAUCAAGAAGGUAAAUUUAAAAGAGGAAAAUAUUUUGUGGGAGAAAAUUUGCUACUGAAAUUAACAAGAUUAAACAAGGAUAUAAUCGGUGUCACAUCAAAAGAUUUAAUGGCUUGCUUCCGGAAGGAGGAUGAAUACAAUUUUAUUACUGGGCUGGACAUUCUUACACUGGGUUCCUUUUAUGAAUGCGAUAAUAUCAUUUGUUACAGAUUUGUUCAUCAGACAUUUGGCGAAUUUCUUUCAGCUUUUUCUAUAUAUAUCGGUUAUAUUUCGUUUCCAUAUUAUACUCGUGAUAUGGAGUUGUUAUUUUUAAUGGGAUUAUAUAAGGAUGAACCUUUAUCCAAAAAGUUUUUAACAUAUGUAAACAAAGAAAUGUUCACGCCUCAAUUCAUGCUCCGCGCUCACAGACAAAUCAAACUGAAAAGAAAUUGGCAACAAUUUUGUUCUCAUUCAAAAGUAAUAUUUCGUUAUUGGAAAUUACUGAUUAAGUUUCCAGAGCUGUUUGACUUGUAUGAAUUCAAAGAAUUGUAUUUAUAUUUCCUCGAGGCCAAUAAAGAACAGGAAGGACGGAAGGAUUACGAACAUUACUUCUCGAAAUACAAGGGUUUUAUGCAGAAUUUUAAGAUUUAUCUUAUUCUUUCACUUCGGGGAGAGUUUUCAAAUAACUUAUACGAUAUAAGAGAACCUGUUUCACGCAUUAUCGAUUUCCUUCAAGUAAUGAAAGUAAUUAACGUAGACAUUCAUUUUAUUGGCGUAAAAUAUCUUGUGGGUGAUUAUUUCAAUAAGUUCACUAAUGUAAAAUACAAUUUGUAUUUGUCUGACAUCCGGAAAUUAUUUAAUAUAAGUGAAGACGAGAAGUUGGUUACAUUGAAAACUAUCGACAGUUUCAAACAUUCUAAAAGUUGCAUUCUGUCAUUGGAGCAAUACGAAACUUUACGCGAUUAUAUCUUAUUAUAGUCAUCCAGUAAACAGAAUUUAAAAUGUGUUAUGACGUAAAAUUCUUUUGAAAUAUAUUAUUAUUAUUAUUAUUAAACACUGUAUUUCGAAAUAGAUUGUUUUUCAAAUUUUGAAUUAAAUGACAAGUGCGGUGAAAUUUGAAAGUGCUCGGGAUUUUCUGAAUAUUUUAGC